GAUUACAAGUAUAAAAUUCCCUUUAAACAGACAAUGAAGGUGAUCAAGCAAUAAAGAAUAAAUCAAGCGACAUAAUAAAUAACCAUAACAAUAAGGGUAUUUUCAUUUUUACCACCUUCAAAUAAUGACUUUGUCGAAUUUACCACCUCAAAAAAAAAACAUUUACUUUACCACCUCAUAAAAAAAUUAAACAUCAGUUUUACCACCUCAUCUGAGCUCAGGUGACGGAAAACGCUUGUGGGGCCCAGUUAACUGUCACUUCCCUCCAAUUUAAUUCUUUUAAAAUCGAUUUCUCUCUGUCUCCUCCUUUUCUCACCUUCCACCUUCCAUAAUCAAUGUCUCACCAAAUUUCUCACUUCCUCAUCAAUUUUCGUCUCUCUUUCCUUUGAUUUUUCUUGAUUCUCACUGUAACUGCUUCUCUCUCCUUUGAAUUUUCUCUUUCUCUCUGUAAAAACUGGAACCCUAGAUCAAUUUGGGUGGUUGAAAUCGAGCUGGAACCACAAAAUUGCAACACAUCAGCUUCUCUUGUCAUCUUCCACAGGGUGAGGGGACCAAAAGCUUGGUAAUUUGCUGACAGAAAUCGAGAUUCCUGACUACAAGAGAAUGGACACAGUGGACUUAAAAAUUACAGUAGGGGGUGCCUUUAUACCUUCUUUAGCUGGUAAAAAUAGGAGGGUGUUAACUUGGGAUGGUGGGUGGGUUUAUUGGAUGAGAAAGGUGGAAAAAAAUAAGAUAGAUGUACACUUUUUGAGGCAAGCAGCUACACAUGGGUUUGUGUAUGUGAAUGUGAAGGUUCCUAGGGGGUUUAGUUGCUGGUAUAAACAAAAGGGCAAGUCUUGGGUGAAUGGUAAAAGGGAGCUUGUUGAUGGUGAGGUGAAUGGUUUCCUAGAGUCGGUGAACAAAGAGGGGGCAUGUGAGAUGUAUGUUACCAGUCAUGAGCCAAUUGAAGGGACUAACAAAACACCCUUCAAAUGUAUAUCUGGGAAUGAGCUAACCCCUGCACAAAGGAAGGAACUGAAAAAGAGGUUUGGUGGGCCUAAAGUAUACAAACCCAGCCCAGAACUUAGUAAGCCCACUGAAGAAGAGCCAUUUAGGAGAAGCCCUAGGUUAAAAGGCAUUGUUAUACAUGACAGAGAGGCUGAGGAGAGGCUUCCUAGGGCAGAGAAAGUGAAUGCUAAUACACAUAAAGGGAAGGGUAAACUCACUGCUGCAGAUAAGGGUAAGGCUAAGGUUGGGGAUGAGACUGGAAAUUUUGCUAAUUUAGUGAGAAAAAUAAAAGAAAGAGUGAGGAGCUUAAGGGAUGACAGUGAUGUGUCUAUGUUGUGUUGAAUGGUUGUCAUGUGUGUGGUUGUAUCAGUUUGAGUUUGAAGUUGCUAUGGAAAGUAUCAAUUUUUUGGAUGAAGAAGCAUACCAGUGGUUGUCAAACAUUGACCCCCAGCACUGGUCAAGGCAUGCUUUCUCUACAAACUGCAAG